UUUUUUAAAAGUAUAUUACAAUUUUGUAAAAUAACCUUUUAUUAAGCGAUUUUUCUUGGUUGAAAUUUUCCCCAAUCCAAAUUUGCAUAUACUCGCGCUUUAAAGUGAUUCCGAAUUUAAAUCAAUCUGUUUCAACUUUCUACCUUCUUCAUAUUCCGUCAAACCAGGUCUGCUCUUUUGUCUUCCCAUCGGCGGCUACUUCAUCACCAAUUCACCAUCUCCAAAAGAUGACAACUAUUAAAAGGGCACUUCAGGACGACAAUGAACUGACUUCUGUUCAAAUUAUUUAUAAAUUAUUAUCAAGGAAAAGCAAAAAGAAGCUUGAACAACUGUUACAUCAAUGGUCAGAAUGGCAUACUCAAGAAUGCUCUUUAUCCGAGGGUUCUAAUGAAGAUCUUGAAUCUGGCGAAGAAACCUAUCUUCCUGCACUAAAUGUUAGCUCAGAGAAAUCUUGUAUUAUUUCUGUUUACAUGGACACUCAAGUGAACAAAAAGCAAAAGACAGAAAAUACCGAUGUCAACAAAGACUCUAUACCUGUCUAUGAUCGUAAUUUUCCACUUCUAAUGUCAAAUGAUGACGUGGCUACCAAAGAAAGUGUUGAUGAUAUUGUGAAUGCUUCUCGUUGUUUUAACUGUGAUGCUUAUGAUCAUUCACUAAAAGAGUGUCUAAAGCCUUUUAACAAAGAAGUUGUCAGCAAUGCACGAAAAUUGUAUCUUUUAAAAAGUAAAAGACCUUCUGGUCCUCGCGUUUUAACGCGAUAUUACCAAAAUACCCCUGGUGGGAAGUUUGAUGGGUUAAAACCGGGUUGUCUUGAUCUUGAGACUAGGAAACUGUUACACCUUGGGGAAUUUGAUCCGCCUCCAUGGUUGAAUAGAAUGCGUGAAAUGGGAUACCCAUCUGGAUAUCUUGAUUUGGAAGAUGAAGACCAACCUUCAGGAAUUAUAAUAUUCACAAACGAAGAUACAAAAGAAAAUGAAAAAUGCUUCGAUACAAAUUUUACAGAGCAAAAAAGAAAAAUGAGCGUGAAUAUUCCGGGAAUAAAUGCACCAAUUCCAGUAAAUGCAGAUAAAAACCGAUGGGUGACUCCUAAUUCCCAAUUAAAAGGUCUUAAAUCUUUCAGUAAUAAUUAUGAUAACAAUAAUAAUAAUAAUAGUAGUUUCUUAAACAAAAGGGUAAAAAGUUCAACAGAAUUACAUUUUCAACAUCACUCUUAUGAACAAAGUUGGAGGCCAGAAUGUAGACGAGGGUCAACUCCUGUUUAUGCACGUGGUGAACAUAUUUAUGCACGUGCAUUUCCUCUUUUGUCUAAUUAUGCGAAUAGAUAUUGGGAUCAUAUUAAUCAAGGUAAUUCUCCUACUUCGUUUAAUGGUUGAUAAUAUUUGAAUGUUGGUUUAUGAAAUGUAAGAGAAUAUUUAUGUGCAAAUAUUAUGUAUUGGUAUAAUUAUCAUA